CCCUGCCAGUCCAGGACACUUUCCCCCCUUUACAGUCCGGCCCUUUACCCCCUUACAGUCUGGACAAUCUUUCCCCCCUUCCAGUCCGGAACUUUCCCCUCCUUCCCGUUGGGACACUUUCAGCCCCUUCCAGUCCGACACUUUCAUCCCCCUUCCAGUCCGGACACUUUCCACCCCUUCCAGUCCGGACACUUUCACCCCCCUUCCAGUCCGGACACUUUCUCCCCCCCUUCCAGUCCAGACACUUUCCCCCUUCCAAUCCGCAUAAACCCAACACUUCGCCUU